CCAUUCGUAUGAGCCAGGAAUGGCUCCAAAGAUCCCUUGUAGCUCUUUGAUUCUCUAAGAAGACGCGAUGCCGCCUCAAAUACCCGGCCCGCAAGGGCUUCGGGCUCUGACGCUAUGUCUCCGACCGGCAGCGAAGCCACGCGCGACAAGCCUGCAGCCCUUCAUCCAAACCGCCAACAUUUCACGGAAAGAGAAGAAGAGGCGAAUGAAGCAAGAUCCCUACGGCUGGGCUCAAUCGCAACAACGUAAGGCUGCUGGCGUAAAGCGGCAAGACGAACUGAAGAAAGUGCGAGACGAAGCUUGGGGCUCGCCUAUCCAUGGCAUUCCCACUCCGUUUGUGGAAUCCUUCGACUCGGCAGGCCAGGCACCAUUCUCGACACCACCGGUGGACAUAGACGGCAAUCCAGCGGGAGAGGCCCACGAGCUCCCGACGUCAUCAGAGCUCCGCAACUUCCUGCUCAACGAAGCCGAGAUUCAGGACGCAAUCUCGCAAUCCUACAUCCUGACCAAGCCCCAAGAGGCGACCAUGCGUACCUCUACCGAUCCCGUCUUGGAAGAAAACGAACGGGCCGAGCACGAAAGGAACCAUCAGAAGGCUGUCGAAGCCCUGAAGCGGAUCACGGAUUUACAUAAUGGCAACGCGAAGGACAGGCGACAUACCAAUAUUAGGCGGUGCAUUGAUACUUUCGGACGGCAUAGUACGGACCACAGCCUCGAACGACCAACUCCUCCGCCGGCGCGCGGCGUAGAACCUAUUCCGAAGCCAGAAAGGGGCGGGCCUGACACGGGGAGCAGCGAGGUGCAGAUUGCGAUCCUGACCGCGAAGAUCAGAGGCUUGGCGCUCAAGCUCGAGGGGCCCAAGGGACAUAGAGACAAGAACAACAAGAGGAGUCUCCGGCUGAUGUGCCACAAGCGGCAGCGGCUGCUCAGGUAUAUGGAGAAGAAGGAAAGAGGGAGCGGGAGGUGGGAGUAUCUAAUCGAAACCCUCGGGCUAUCUCCGGCCACUUGGAAGGAGCAGAUUACUCUCUAGGCCAAGGAUGUCCUUUUGUUUCGUCACGUAGGAAGUUGUCAGGAGAAAGUGUAGAGUAUAUAAAACCGUGUAACCACCCUAUGUACAACACGCUAAACAAAAACAAUAUCAAGAUUCAGGUGGCCCUCGAUCAACUGGGGA